GUAGAUGGAAUAUAAGUUCUUGCACUUGCAGGAAUGGUGGCUGCACUAGUGGGCGACAAUUUCAUGUGUAGAGGCCUAAUACUUUGCUACAACUUCCAUACAUGGAGGAGAACGGACAGGAAAUACAGUUACGGGAAAUGGCGGAAGAUUAAUCCCCUUAUGAAGAACCCACAGAGACAGAGAGAGAGAUGCUCAUUAAUGGGGAAGACCCCCAUUUUUUAGCUGAUGUUCUUCCCUUCUGACUGUCCUUAUUGGAGAAGAAGCUUCUCUGAUUUAGAAGUUGAUUCCAUCUCUCCUGGUACGCAAGCUCUCUGGUUCUUUUCAUGGCCUUACACCUCAAAACUAUCCGUUUCUUCUCUGCAAACUCGCUUUUCUCUUUCCAUUUGAUCCCUUAUUUCCUUCAUUUACACGCUGGUAAAACCCAUGAAGAUCAAGGUGGAGAGCCAGUACCUUUUCCCUCUAUACCCAAAACCCCAGGCCCAGUAGAAACUGCCGUUUCUCUCUUCUCCAAGCCUUCGUUUCAUAGGAGUGGAGAUGAAUUGAGAAAGCUUCAAAGCUUUCUCACCACUGAAACUGUAGAGAUCAUUCUUAAAGGUUUUCAAAAAUGGGGUCAAGCCUAUGAGUUUUUCUUGUGGAUUGGGCAACAAGAUGGGUAUAAACACAACUGUUACACCUAUAAUUCGAUGGCCUGUAUACUCUUGAGGUCGGGCCAGAGAACUCCAUUGAAAGCCCUUGUGAAAGAUUUUAUGAUUCAGAGGUGUUCAAUGAGUCCUGGUGCUUUAGGUUACUUGAUUAGGCGUUUGGGCAAUGUGUGUUUAGCUGAAGAAGCCAAUUAUGUUUUUGAAAGAGCCUGUGAUUUGACUUGUGAACCCAAUUCUUAUACCUUCAAUUGUUUGUUAGAAGCUUUAGCAAAAUCGAAGUGGUGCGAGCUAGUAGAAUCAAGAUUCAAAGAGAUGAUUCAUAGUGGGACGGAGCCUGAUAAGUUUACUCAUACAGCUGUCUUGCAAGCUUACUGUAACUCGGGGAAAUUCGAUAAAAGGUUUGAUAUUUUUGAGAGGAUAAGAGGGAAAGGAUGGGUAGAUCCACAUGUGUUUACUAUAUUGAUUGUUGGGUUGAGUAAGUUGGGUGAGGUUGAUCAUGCUUUUGAAUUCGUCGAGAGGAUGAGAGGGAUGUAGAUGGACCUGAAUGAGAAGACGUACUGUAUUCUGAUUCACGGGUUCACUAAGGAAAACAGAAUAGACAAGGCACUUGUGCUUUUUGACUGGAUGAAAGGGCUCGGGUUUGAUAGGGAUGUACCUCUCUUCAUGGUUCUUAUUGAGGGGCUAUGUAACAGUAAGGAGUAUGCUAGAGCUUUGGAAUUGUAUCAUCAGAUGAAAGAUUCCAGACUCUGUCCAGAUAUUCCAUCUUGACAAAGCUGAUUUCCUCAUAUUGCCAGGAAGGGGAUCUGGUUGCUGCAUCUUGGUUGUUACAAGACGGAAACAAAUUGAGCAUUGGCCCCUUUGUAUCUCUGUAUAAUGCAGUUCUCGAGGGUCUUGUUAAUGGCGGCAAGGUAAAUGAAGCUUAUUUGCUUCUCCAGGAAAUGAUAGCUUCCAAUAAUUUAUCAGAUGAAGAGAUAGCUGGAUGUGCUAGUGACAAUGAAGAGAAAGGAAAAGGUGUCUGAUGUCCUUGAUUUGAUGAGAGAAAUGCUACAUCAUGGGCACACCCCAUGGAUAAAACAUGAUACCAUACUUUUG